CUCUUCUUCUUUCAAUCAUUUUUCUCUAUCUGAAACUGAACAAACCCUUCUCUUUCUCUCUCUCUCCUCAUAACCCAUCUUAAUUUUCUCUAUCCGAAACUCAACAAACCCUUAUCUUUCUAUCUCUUUCCUCAUAACCCGUCUAUAUUCAUUCACAUAUCCUCCUCAUCCUCAUCAUAUCCUUUCAAAGGGUAGCCUCUUUCUCUCAACCCACUUCCCUUGACCCAAAUAAGACUGAUGGGUUUUCUUCAAUUUCAUAAAUAGCAUGAAUUUUCUGCAAAAAAAUUCAAAUCUACACAUGGGUUUCGUUGGGUUUGUUGAAUGGUAUGAUUUCUUGCAUAGUUUUUGAAAAUUCUCAAGAAAUUUCCAGAAAAUAAGAGGGAUUGAGGGGGGAAGAAGAAGAAGGAGAAAUGGGUGCCAGUCUUUUGGCAAUUGCAACCCAGUUGAUGGUGAUAUCCAUCAUCAUUGCAUCCAUCAUUCUCUUCAUUGGCAUUGGAGUCUUGGUUCUAUUGCAUAUUUGCAUUGUAGGAAAAGCAUUUAGAAGGGGGCUGAAUACAAUUUCGCAAGGAGAGGAGCUUAAAAAUGAAGGGAACAAUGGUUUGUCCCCUGAUGAUUUGGAGAAGCUCCCUUGUUAUGAUUUCGACGGCGGAGAAAAAGAUUGUGCGGUUUGCUUGGAGAGCUUUAGAAAUGGGGAGAAAUGCAGGUUACUGCCAACGUGCAGGCAUAGUUUUCAUGCUCAGUGUGUUGAUUAUUGGCUCGUGAAGACCCCGAUUUGCCCGAUUUGCAGAACUAGGGCUUGCGAGAAGGAGGGAGGACAGAAGAGGUUGGAGGAUGGAGCCGUUGUUAUCGGGUUUCAAGUGAGUUCUUGAACCAUUGCUCAUCCUGAUUUGAAAAAAAAAAAAACUUUGUUGUAGAUUGUUACCGAGUGAAAUGAUAGUAGAUUGUAAAAAUAAUACUUGAUCAAUAAGAUUCUUGUUGCUUUGGCUUCUAAUCGUGUUAAAAAUUGUCAACAUUAUUGCUCUGUUACCAAAUGUAAAUUGUUGCAUGAUAUCUGAGAUCAUUUAUCA